AAACCCUCCUGUCUUCUCAUUCAUUUGCAUGCUGGGUAGCAUGACAACUCAAAACUGAAACCAAAAAGUUUACGCUUGUUUCAACGGCACAAGCUGAAAAUCAGAACAGGUUGAAAUUAUUGCAUCACAAUGAAGAGUGAAGCCAUAACAGCUGUUCUUCUACUCUGUGCUCUGGAUUUAAGUGUUUGUGUGACAAUAAAGUUCCCCAGCAUCCACUCACAAGUAUCUGACUGUAUUAACUUGCGAUGUGUCAGAGGAAUCAAGGCCUGCAUGGAUACACAUGGAAAAGUUCUUACAAGGAAUCUGAAAGGAUGUGUUGUACAGAAGUGUAAAGGAAAUACCAAGAUCUGUAUCACAGAGCUUCUGGAACCAAUCAUGCCUCAGUUAGAGUCACUGUAUCCCCAAUCUUCAUUAUUUGUGAAUCAGUAUGCAGACACAUUUCUUACUGAAAUGACUGACUCAUUUCUUCACUGCUGGGUUGAAACAGCCCAAGCCAAACACCUAGUGUGUUUUGGGAACAGACUUCUAGAUGUUGCUCAGCCACUCAUCAAUGCGGCAUCUAAACUCCUCAUCAAUCAUGGAGGUUUCAAUCACUGUAUUUCAGCUACAUUUUCUAGGAAGGGAGAAGAUUACUUAACAUCCUUUUAUUACAAAAUAUUACUGUUUUUCCUUUCAGCAUUUGUUUCCUGCUGGCUUACUCAAUCUCUGAGAGGCUUUGUGAAUUGCACUGAUCAUCUCGAUGACAAGUACUUCAAGGAGCUAAAAAUCAUUGCAGAAAGAGAAAUGCGACAGAAUACAAAAAGAUACGUCUUAUGCAUCAGCAAACUUUAUAUGAACUGGAACUACUGUAAAGAGUUUGUGGAUACAUUAUUGGCAUCGUCAGCUACAAGAAGACUUCAGUACAAAGACUACAUGAUAUGUUCAUUCCACAAAGUAAUUUUGGCAACAGCUAAAUGCUGACUUUACCAGUAGGUUGAAGAUCUGUGAUGAGAUCAUGCAGAACCUGGGUAUGAAAUACCUAUAAAUCUCUCUUCUUAACUAUGAGCAUUCAUUUUAAAUUGUGUGACCCUUCUUAAAUGCAGUUAUGUUUCAUUGGUUUCAUUAUCAAAGUUUAAGGUAAUACUAGUUAGCUGUCAUUGUCAGCAGGCCAACUGCUGUUUCACCUAUCGCUAACUACACUUAGUGUUUAGUUAACAUUAAUGAAACAGUUCUAAUGUUAACUCAUGGAUAUCAGCAUGUUAUCAUGAAGCAGAGAGGUUGCCUGCAUUUAGUGUAAUGUGUCGUGUUCAUAGAUAAUACUCUGCUGACUUGGUGUUGCUGCAUAAUUGGAAGUUGAUUUUAAAGUUGAUUCCUUAAAUCAAAGUCACAGUCAAUUUGUAUAAAAGAAAAGGCUGGAAAAUGACUUCUGCAGAUAUUAUACUGAUAAUCUCUAUCUCUGCACUUUUUAAUCCUCACCCCUCAAACGUUCAACAUUUAAAAAGGCAAUGCAUUUGUUAUUAUGUAUCUGACCAAAUGUUACUUGUUUAUCUAAAUACAAAUGAAUAAAAUCUUC